CAACCUCCCUCGGGAGUUCAAAUGCCUCCAUACGGUGGGCAAGUUCCUCCUCAACAUCCGGGGAUGCCACCAAAUGGUAACCAAUCUCAACAGGGCCCUCCACCUAAUGGCCCACCCCAACCACCCGGUAACCAACAAAGUGGGCCACCACCACAAUCUCAACAAGGCCCAUAUCGUGCGCCAGGACCACCUGGCUCCCAACCGCCAGUGCCCCAGCAACAGCCUGGUCAACAACAGCAAGGUCCUAACAAUAAUUCACAGGGCGGACAACAAAGGCAAAAUAGUGGUCCGCCAACUCCGGGAGCUCCUCCGCAAGGGCAAGGCUCAUCCCAGCAACAGCAGCAAGGUCCACCAAAUCAGCAGGCACCACAGCAGCCACCACCUCAAGGGCCUCCACCACAACAAAACCAGUACAGGGGUGCUUACCAACCACCACAACAACACGGUCAUUACCCUGGAUAUCCGCCACAGCAGCAGCCACAAUAUCCUCCCCAAGGCGGUUAUCCUUAUGGACCACCUACACACAGCUAUGGACCUCCGCCACCAAAUGCUCAACCUGGAUACCAAGGACACGCUGGCAUGCCACCAACAAAUUCCAAUAGUGGUCCGCCUGGCCAGCAUCCAUAUGGCGCGAACAGUGGACAACAAGGUCCACCAGGAGCCUAUCCGCCACCUCCAAAUCAACAAAUGGGAGCAGGACAACAACCACCACCAGGACAAAUGUAUGGUCCUCCCGGUGGCAAUCAGGGACCGCCUCCAAGCCAAUACGGGCCUCCACAAAGCGCCACCGGUGGGCCCCCACCUCCUAUGGGCUAUGGGGGUUAUGGAGCUCCGCCACCUAAUAGUUAUGGUCAAACUGCAAGCACACCACCAGGUAAUUAUGGACCACCACCAACUAGCCAGGCACAGUCCCCAUAUCAACCCUAUCAACAAGCUGGACCGGGCCCUCAGGGAUAUCCAGGCCAAGGGCCCCCCCCGACACAAAGUAGUCAGCCACCAAAUUCGGCUCAAGGUGGGCCUCCUAAUCCUAAUGCUCCCCCAGGCAGUGGAUACAGCUCAUCACCCAGUCCUGGCCAAACGCCACCUCCUAACCAACAGCAGCCACCUGUGUUCAGGUGCAGUAACAGCAGCUGGCCCAACUCCACCCUCGCAGCAGUCAGGCCAACAGCAAUCGUCAACACCUCCAGGGCAAGGGCCACCGACGUCCUCCCAGCAACAACCACCACAGAGCUAUCCACCAGCCUCCAACAGUGGACCUCCUCCAUCUGGACCUCAGCCGACGUACUCGUCGCCACCUGUAAGCGUAGCUGGAACAAAUUCACCCUAUGGCCAACCACCACCACAAGGUGCACCAGGUGCAGGACCGCCUAACACAACUGCGCCCCCGUCAAACGGAGCACCAGGUCAAGGCCCACCACCAAUGGCUCCAAAUCAAUAUCAACCACCUCCAGGUGCACAACCACCCUAUGGAGCCCCACCACCUCCACAAGGUUAUGGUCCACCACCUCCAGGCAGUGGAUAUCCUCAACAUGGUUAUCAUCAGCCGCAGGGCGGCUACGGCGCCAUGCCACCUCAAAGCCAAUAUCCACCCCCAUCCCCUCAGGGCUAUCAGGGUUAUCGUCCAGCCGGGCAGCAAAUGCCACCUCCUGGCGCUCCACCGCAAGUCAUAUGUUUAACAUAUGUUGACAAUACAUUCAGUUCAGGUACGACCCUGCAGAAAGAGACAAUAUUUGUGAGGUGUAUUAGAACUCGACUAAAAAUGGCUUUGUAUUAUGUAAAUGCAUUUUCGAAGCGGUUUGCCUCUGUUGGACUUCAGUUGGCGAAAGCUGCCACAGCACCAACUGCUUCGCAGGCAUCUUUGAACAAGCAGCAGAAACGUGGUGCUGCAAAAUGGUAUCCAGAUCCAGAGUUUUUGCAACAAUUUUCUGGCCCAGUUAUGUACCCAGAUGACAUAACCUCUCAAUGGAAACUACCACCAUGGAAUCAUCAAGUAACACCGGUUGAGAAGUCAAUUCGCAAUUUGACAUUGAAUUUUGGACCCCAGCAUCCGGCUGCUCACGGUGUGUUGCGGUUGGUCAUGCAAUUGGACGGUGAGACAGUUAUGCAUUGUGAUCCUCAUAUUGGUCUUUUGCAUCGAGGUACCGAAAAGCUUAUCGAAUACAAAACAUAUACCCAAGCUUUGCCGUAUUUCGAUCGUUUGGACUAUGUAUCCAUGAUGUGCAAUGAGCAGUGUUACUCGUUGGCCGUGGAAAAAUUGUUAAACAUUGAUGUGCCAUUGCGUGCAAAGUAUAUUCGUGUUUUGUUUGCUGAAAUCACACGUAUUUUGAAUCAUAUCAUGGCUGUGGGAACUCAUGCCUUGGACGUGGGUGCCCUAACACCAUUCUUCUGGCUUUUCGAGGAACGUGAGAAAAUGAUGGAGUUCUAUGAGCGUGUGUCGGGUGCUCGUAUGCAUGCUGCAUACAUUCGCCCUGGUGGUGUAUCCUUAGAUAUGCCAAUGGGUCUGAUGGACGACAUAUAUGAAUUUGCCAGCAAGUUUGCUGAACGUUUGGAUGAAGUUGAGGAUGUGCUCACAACCAAUCGUAUUUGGGUGCAACGUACCAUGGACAUUGGUGUGGUGACCGCAGAGGAAGCACUCAAUUAUGGCUUCAGUGGCGUUAUGCUGAGAGGAUCUGGCAUUAAAUGGGAUUUAAGGAAACAACAACCCUACGAUGCUUACCAUUUGGUGGACUUCGACGUACCCAUUGGCACAAAGGGAGAUUGCUACGAUCGUUAUUUGUGUCGCGUUGAAGAAAUGCGUCAAUCUUUGCGCAUUAUAGACCAAUGCUUGAACCAAAUGCCAGCAGGCGAAAUCAAAACAGACGACAAUAAGGUGACGCCUCCCAGUCGCGCUGAAAUGAAACAAUCCAUGGAGGCCCUGAUCCAUCACUUCAAGUUGUUCACCCAAGGCUAUCAGGUACCUCCGGGCGCCACAUAUACUGCUAUUGAAGCCCCCAAGGGUGAGUUUGGUGUGUAUUUGGUUUCCGAUGGUUCAAGCCGCCCUUAUCGUUGCAAAAUCAAGGCUCCCGGCUUUGCCCAUUUAGCCGCCCUAAACCACGUUGGCCGUCAACAUAUGUUGGCCGAUAUUGUAGCCAUCAUUGGUACUUUGGAUGUUGUGUUUGGUGAAAUCGAUCGAUAAAUCUAAUUAUACUAUACUAUUGUCUUGUUUAAUUCGAUAUAACAUAUAAGGUAACACCAAUGAUAGAUGUGGUCAUGUGUGUAGCAAACGAAAUUUGUGUGUCCUUUUUGAAAGACGCCUUCAACGUACGAAAAUAAAAAUGAAAUAGUCAAAUCGAUAACCGAAAUCAUUUAAA